AUGGAAGGUUCUUCACCAGAAUCUACAUCAAAUGAUAAUUUUAAUACAAUAUAUUAUAAUAAAAAUUUAGUCUUUACAAGUAAUUCAAGUGAGAUGAAUAAAGAAAAAACAUUAAAAAAUAAUUGUAAUACACUUUCAUCAUCUUUUGAUAUACCAUUAACAUCAUCAUUACAAUUAAAAGAACAAAAUCAACAUAAUAUAUUUGGUUCACAAAUAGGUGCAGAAAUAAUAGAUGAGGCUGUUGCAAUAGAAUAUAUUAAAAGAAUGAAAUCAUGGUGUCCAUCACAAUGUUUUGAAGUUUUUUUUGGUAAUGUUGAAGAUACACCUAUAGAAUUUAUGAAAAUUAAUCAAUUAAUAUUAGCACAGGGUGGUAAUUGUUAUGGUGGUAAUAUUUUUAAAGUACAAAAAUAUUUAUUAUCAAUACCACAAUUACUUGUUAAAAAAGGAAUAUUAUCACCUGUUAUUUUAAAUAAUUCAUAUAUAUGGAAUAAUUGGUUAAGUGAUCUAUCUAUACAAUUAAAUUCAGUAGAAUGGCAAGCAUUUUGGUAUAUUUAUACAAAUGUUUUUGGUUUACAUACAUUACCGUUACAUUUAAUAAGUUUUUUUAAUAUUUUUGCACAAAAUCAACAAAUAUCUCAACAGUCAAUUGAACAAAUUAUUAUGAAUGCUCCAUUAAAUCCUUCAUUUACUUCCUAUACAACAUCAUAUCUUAAUUCAAUACCUCUAAUAAAUAAUACUAUUGAUGAAACUAGUGUUUUACGAAGUAACACCAUAAAUCAAAAACUUUUUGAUGAAUUUAAUACGUCACAAUUAUCAUCAUUCUAUAUGGAAAAACAUGGAUAUAUCAAUUAG